AUGUGCUGGUCAUUCGAAGUCUCCCUGGUGUUUGGGACGCUGGAGUUGCUCACGAUCUUUGUACUUCUGCGAAGGAACCAGCACCAUGAUCGGUGCUUGGCUACUCUUCUGUUCCCAAUCAUGAUGCAGGAGUUGUGCCAGAUGAUGAUUUGGCAGUACGUCGGCGAAAAUGCUUCCACGUGCCCAGCUGAAAACUUUUUUUGGGGCAAGGCAGCAAACUUGUUUUAUGAGUCCGUCCCGCUGUUUGCCAACAUAGCUGCCUGGCAAUGGUUGUGGUGGAAGCUGCCAGACAAGUGGACAUGGGACAUCCAUUUGCUCAUUGCAUCGACUGUGCUUGCAUUCGCUGGAUAUGUGCUUAGUGCUACAAACCGUUUCUAUGUGCUUCCGCCUGCGUGCACUUUCCCGGGACCCUGUGGUCAUCUUCUCUUCUUCCCGCAGGAGAAUGCAAUCGUGGUCCCGCUCGGCGGCAUUUACUACAUGUUUCCUUUGUUUGCUGCUGGGGUGAUUGAUGCCGGAGACGGCAGACUGCGGGGACGUUGGGGCCUAGGCGGCGUGGCUGUACUUGGAGUCAUCGAAACAUUCACGGCCGUCUUGUACUUCAACAACCAGAUGCCAUCGUUUCUGUACCGGGAGACAUGUAAUCCAGAUGAGUUCUACUCUACCUGGUGCUGGCAGGCGUAUUUUAUUGCGAUUUGGGCUUUGCUGGAAGUCUGGAUUUACCGGAAGGUCGUUGACCCAAACUGGCAAGUACCUGGGCCCAUGUCCAGUGGUCUACCAGAUUCUGAGGGAGAGCGGUCUUCCCUCACGGCACCUUGA